GUCUCGCGAUGUUUGACGGUUAAGCGCUCCUGCAGAAAAAGGACUUGACACACAUGUCAACAAAUAAGAUAAAUUAAUACUAGCUAGCAACACAGGCAUGCCAAGGUGUGCCAGUGUAGAAUAGGCUGACCCCUCGCUGCACCUAUAGGUCCUCUGCUGUCUCCAUGACCACCCCUCCCAUAGUGGCGUUCGCCGGGCAGCAGGCUCAGGCUGCCCGCGAUGUCAACACGGCGUCGCUCUGUCGCAUCGGCCAGGAGACGGUGCAGGAUAUCGUCUUACGCACCAUGGAGAUCUUCCAGCUGUUGAGGAACAUGCAGCUGCCAAAUGGAGUGACGUACCACCCCAGCACCCACCAGGACAGGCUGGGCAAACUGCAGGAGCACCUGCGUAUGCUCUCUGUACUCUUCCGCAAGCUGCGCCUCGUCUACGACAAAUGCAACGAAAACUGCACCGGUCUGGACACCGUACCCCCAGAGCAACUCAUCCCCUACGUGGAGGACGACAGCUCCAAACACGAUGAACGCUUGGCCAGCCAGGCCCGCCCGGCAACAGAGGAGAGGAGAGAAAUCCUGGAGGUUAACAAGAAGCUCAAACAGAAGAACCAACAGCUGAAGCAGAUAAUGGACCAGCUCAGAAACCUCAUCUGGGAGAUAAACUCCAUGCUGGCUGUUAGGAGUUGAACGGCAAACACGGCGACACAGAGAGAGACACACAGGCGCGCGCGCGCACACACACACACACACACACACACACACACACACACACACACACACACACACACACACACACACACACACACACACACACACACACACACACACUGGAAGACAUGGUUGUUAACUGGAUAUCUGACAGGGUCCCUUUGAGGCUGAUGUUGACGCUGCACUUUAGAAAUGCAGGCUUUUGCAAUAUACCACCCUCAGUCCCAGAAAAAGGAGGGGGAAGAAAGCAAAGAAGAACAAAGAGAAGUUGUGCGAUGGAGAAAUGCUGAUAUACACUCACCGUACAGUUUAUUAGGUACACCCAUUUAGUAACAGGUCGGACCCUCCUUUGCCUCCAGAACAGCCUGAAUUCUUUGGCGUAUUCUACAAGUUGUCGGGAAACGUUCCACAGGGAUGUUGGUACAUGCUAACGCGAUGGCAUCAUGCAGUUGCUGCUGAUUGAAUGGCGGUACAUUCAUUGUACAUAAUAAACUGCCCGAUGAGUGUAGUUGUCGCUUACAAUAUGGUUAUUAAGAGGACUUUCAGAGUUAUAGUUUAUUUAAUAUCCUAAGAUAUUUGACAAAUACUACAUUUACCCAUUUAGAGGAGUUUUGAAGUUCGAUUUCCUUCAAGAUGUGUUUAUACAUUCCUAAACCAUUUUAACUAAAAUGACAUACAGGAUGACAUGUUUGUGGUGAAGAAGAGCACAGAUCUGUGCAAAAAUACCAUAAAACUAAUCAUAAGGCACAUUGUUGAAAAAAAGUUUCAAAUUAAAUCACUGCUAGAUUGAGGUUUCCAAUUUUUUCCCCCCACAUAGAUCUUCUCUUUUGCACCAUGAAAAUGGUACAGUGUAGUGAAAUGAAAGAGUUUUGUGUUUUGCUUCUGCUUUUCAUGUGUGGUUGGCUGCUUGAUGUAGAAGUGUCAAUGCAGUAUCCUCUGGACUUUAUGGUGAUCACAAUGUCUGGUUAACUUUAGGAGUUCUAUGGCGCUAUAAAUCCUGCUGUGGUUUAGACCAACACUGUUUCUGUCUGUUCUAUUUUCAUAUCUGUGGGGCUCACUGCUCACGAGAACAGCCUGAUCAAGUAGGGACGUCCGUAUGUGGUCUUUUUGGAUUGUCCCCAGGCUUUAAACACGUAAAAAAAAAAAAAUACAGGCAGAAACAGUGCCAGCCCAGCCAAUAAGAGACAUAAGCAGCUGAUUAGAGCCCUGCGGUCGCUAGGGGCCCCCGACCCUUGGAUUGAAUCCCUGUGUUAUGAUACUGAUGAUUUGACGGGACAGAUAGUUUGUUUACAUAGCUGAUGGUUUCGACGGUUGUGGCUAGAUGGAAUAGGUGAAGCUCCGCCUCAAGGGCAGAACUAACUUGACUGGUUGGAUGAAAGCUCAGUGGGUGGAGUUUUCAGGGGGUAAAUCCUGUUGCCAUUUCAAAUCCCGAUUGCGACUUUUGUUUUCCAACCUUACCUAAAGUUCUUAACUAAUGACAUUUCUAAUCUAUUGACUUAAGUUUCUGACUGAACAGUUUUAAAUAUGUGAAAAUACCAGAGCAGUGGAUUGGGCAAUGGGGUAGGGACCAGAAGGUCAUAGGUUUGAAUCUUUCCGAUCAAUGGCCUUUUCUCAAAGGUUUAUUGUUGCCUUUCCCUAGCAGGGAAUUCUCACCCUCAACACCCAAACCAUCUUUCAACUCUUGCUAGCGGGGUUGGAGAAUAUUCUCUAAUGUCUUCGAUUGGGAUUUCAAUUUGAUGGGUGAAUCUCAUUUGUUGCUCUCUGAUUCCUAUCUCCUUGCCUCCUCAAAAUGCACUAGAGGUGAAUAUACAAGGGCAGGAACCGCAGAUAUUCAAGGAAAUACAAUGAGAUUCACGCCGACCCGUUCCCAAAAUAUUGUUGUUCAAGUUAAUAUCGCAAACUUGCCAAAUCAAAAAUAUAAAACGUAUAAUCAAGGAGAUUUGAUGAACAAAAUAAAUGAAUAACCCAGUGUGCUAGUGCAUGGUGCCUGCUACAUCAGGGAUGUGGCUUUGAUCCCUAUAAGAGACGCAUAAAUGCUUGGGCAUAGCCAAAGGUUGACCACACAAAUGAACCAUGAAUAGGCAAGGAGAUCACAAUUCAAAGGUUCAGGAGGCAAGUUUCAGGCAAAAAUAAAGGCUUUUAAUUAUAAACAGUAAUGACAAACUCCACGUGGAAGAGCUCUCAGUGCAGGCCAGGUGCUGCCUAUUUAAACCAUAAUUAGGACAGGUGACCUGUAGAGCAGGGGGUUCUGGGCCUUGUAGUCUUUACCAUGAUGGCCAUCUUAAGGCAGACGCCCUGUGGAUCCCGGAUAGCAUGGACCAUCGGUGGAGGGGCUUGUCACAGGGCUUGUCACAUCACGUAAGUGUGGUAGUGCAACAACAUGAGACAGGGGCUUUAAGCAAUUAAAAUAGUACUUUAAUAAGAAUGUUAUACAUGGUUACAGAGAAUAGAAACUGUAAAAAGCAUGACAAAAACUACACGUCAGGAAUGUGGGGUAGGUAGCCCAGGUAGUCUUCUUACAGUCACUCAAUAAACCCAUGUCACAUUUUUUUAGAUGGCUGUCUAGACUAACUUGCUUAGCAAUCUAAACAUCAUGGCCAAAUUACCAACCAGAUAAACAGGGAACGUGCCCAGGAGCCUUGACCUCCAGGAGGCCUCCAUUGAUUUUGUUAGUCACGCAGAUGGCAUAAGUCAUGGUAAAAUGUAUAGAAUUGCAGGAAAUUAGCUUGUAAACGGCAAACUUUUCUAUCAAACCCAUGGCAAAACUGCACAUUUUCCUCUCCACCGCCAAGAGGGUGGCACUGAAAAGUUGCCAGCAAGGUUGAUUUGUUUUGCCCAUAAUGCUAGGGACAGCCCUGGGCGGAAAGGAGGAGACUGGGGCCGACAACAGAGAAAGGGCAUGCCGCGGGCCAUCAGGUCUCGGAUAUUAAUAUCAAUAUCAGCUUCAGAUACGAUUCCGAUAAAUAAUUUAGAAGCUGGUUUGGGUCGUAUCCAAGUUGUGUUAUGAGGUUAUUGUCCACAGGGAGAUGGUAGAGGACAUAGUAUGCAUUCCAAAUGGCACCCUGUUCCCGAUAUAGUGCACUACUUUUGGGUCUCCAGUCAAAAACAGUGCACUAUGUAGGGAAUAUGGUGCCAUUUGGGAUGCUCGUCCACAGAGUAAAAAUCAAUCGCUGGAUAGUGGAUCAUAAUUUCUCUUCAAUGGUAUAAUUCCAACCUGGUUAUGGUUGAGGACAAUGGUGAAGGACUAUCAUUGUAUGGUACACAAGGAAUACAUUCUCAUUCAGUUGAAAGUACAGUAUAUUGAUUUGUCUGUUUAUUGUAAUAAUGGGCCUCCUUGUUUCUGCACCAUUCAAAACAAAUAAUUUGCCGACAUUACUAUGCUUACGUUAAACAGCAGGCUACACCUCGCAUCAAAGCAAUGAAGACACACUCACGCAUCUAUGAUCAAAUGUAUUUUUUUAUAUAAAUCAAUUCUUACAAAAUCUUCAUUUUUCUAUUUCAUUUAUUACCCCUAUAAAAUUAAUUUGUUAAUUACAAGGUAGGAGGGAGGAAGGCAUCAGGACAGCUGGAAAUUAAGUCAUUAAAAAUAGCUUGUCUGUUUGUGAUACAGUUAAGUACUGAUAAAUAAUUCCAUAGAAAAAGUGGUCAUGCAGGCGCGUUGUUGGUCGUCAACACAGUUUGGUAUCCAACAGAGAACCGAGGUGUCGUGGAUGAAACAGAGUGGUGAUGAAACUCCAGUGUAUGUCGAGAUUACCGAGACCCCUAUAUGGUGCUCCUCUGACUGACUAAUGGUCAAAAUGGCAGUGUGUGUGUUAUCAUGAGCUCACAAACCAACGUUUUAUAAAAAAAAAAAAGGCACAAUCAAGGACAGUAACCAU